AUGCAACGCAUCUACCCACUUCCCUCUCAUCUCGAGUUUUCCAUAUCAAAAUGUCCUCAAUAUCGCGAAUAUAAAUUGGAAAACAAGACAGCCUCAGCACGAAGCCAAGUUAGGCGGGUCACCUUCCAGGCUUUCUUGUUGACCAUCUCCCUUCUUGCUUGGAAUUUCUAUCUAACGGGUCCGGGACCGACUAGGUACACUGGAACUACCAUCCUCUUAUCCCUAUUUCUUCGAAAUGUCUGUUCUGGGAUCGUUCAUGAAAGUCUGGUCGUUAUACCUUGUCAUGGAAUACAGAUAGAGACCCACAGAGGUUUCUUGACAAAAGUCCUGUCUUCCAGCCGUGAAUUCAUCCCGUUUUCGGUCUUCGAGGACCUCAUUAUCAACGAAGCGCUCUACGGUUGGAAUGUCAGGUACUACAUCGCUGUUUUGACGCAAUCAAGUACGGGAGCUCCUAUUUUGCGGGUUGGGUUUCCGAACAUGCUUCCACAUUUUCCCAUUCUCCAAGAAAUCUACACGGACAUCCAAGAUCUAUUGCCACGUCGUCAAGUUCACCGAAACAACCACCUCUCCCAUCAAACGGCAGCAACCUUAAUUAAUCCCAUUCUAGUCGUAUACAGAAUUUAAAUCAUUAUGAGAACCUAGAUACAGAAACCAUAAUGUC